CAUUGGAGCCUCAGAGUUUUUCACUGAGGCAGGGGUCAGCUGAAAGACAAAGAAAAAUGGCGAAUAGUUUGCUGGGGGGUGGGAGGACAGCUGUUCGGGUUUUCACUGGAGUGGACAUUCCAGACUCAGGUUUCUGCAUCUUCUGCUGCCUUUUGUCCUCCGUUCUUUUUUUAGGGGGAGGGAUAGGAGUGACUUAAAUUCUCCCUGUCCGAGGAGAUAUAAAUAACUCCAUGUAAAAUUAAUGCAGUUCUCGUUUCGAAAAUGUCUACAGAAGGAGGGUUUGGCGGUACCAGCAGCAGUGAUGCCCAGCAAAGCCUCCAGUCCUUCUGGCCCAGAGUCAUGGAAGAAAUCCGAAACUUAACAGUGAAAGAUUUCCGAGUGCAGGAACUUCCACUGGCUCGUAUUAAGAAGAUUAUGAAACUGGAUGAAGAUGUGAAGAUGAUCAGUGCAGAAGCCCCUGUGCUCUUCGCCAAGGCAGCCCAAAUUUUUAUCACGGAGCUGACUCUUCGAGCCUGGAUCCACACGGAGGACAACAAGCGCCGUACUCUUCAGCGGAAUGAUAUUGCUAUGGCAAUUACAAAAUUUGAUCAGUUCGACUUUCUCAUCGACAUUGUUCCAAGAGAUGAACUGAAACCUCCAAAGCGUCAGGAGGAGGUGCGCCAGUCUGUGACUCCUGCGGAGCCCGUCCAGUACUACUUCACGCUGGCUCAGCAGCCCACUGCUGUCCAGGUCCAGGGACAGCAGCAAGGCCAGCAGACUACUAGUUCCACGACUACCAUCCAGCCUGGGCAGAUCAUCAUUGCACAGCCUCAGCAGGGUCAGACCACACCCGUGACAAUGCAGGUUGGAGAAGGUCAGCAGGUGCAGAUUGUGCAGGCCCAGCCUCAGGGACAAACACAACAGGCCCAGAGUGGUACUGGACAGACCAUGCAGGUGAUGCAGCAGAUUAUCACCAACACUGGAGAGAUCCAGCAGAUCCCGGUGCAGCUGAAUGCCGGCCAGCUGCAGUAUAUCCGCUUAGCCCAGCCUGUGUCAGGCACCCAAGUUGUGCAGGGACAGAUCCAGACACUUGCCACCAAUGCCCAACAGAUCACACAGACAGAAGUCCAACAAGGACAGCAGCAGUUCAGCCAGUUCACAGAUGGACAGCAGCUGUACCAGAUCCAGCAAGUCACCAUGCCUGCAGGCCAAGACCUCGCCCAGCCCAUGUUCAUUCAGUCAACCAACCAGCCCUCCGAUGGGCAGACCCCCCAGGUGACUGGAGACUGAGGGCCUGAGCAGGAAAGGCCAAGGACACCCAACACAAUAUUUGCCAUAGAGCCCCAGGUGAUGGGGACAUCCCCUCCCUCGCUAGAGGACCUGGGACUUCAUGCCUCCUUCAGGCUAAGACACUGGUGCACUACUUUCCACAUCUGGGGACUGAGAUUCUACAACAGAACGAUGCAAUAUUCUUUAUUUUCUUUUUUUCAUUUUGUCUCCAAGGAAUCAAUAUUUCAGUAUGUUGAGCUGUGUGUCCAAUGCUAUAAAACAAGAAUAUUAAAUAACAUAUUUAUGGCAUUUUCUUGAAGCGUGUGGUUGAGGAAAUAAUUCUCUGUUUCCUGGCUUGGGCACUCACUGCCACUGCUAAGGGGCAGCCCAUGCUCCCUUCCUAAGGGUGCCCAGGGUUUCCACUCUGCCAGUUCUGCCCUCAGAACAGACCCUUUCCCCCAGCGUCCUCUCUGCCCUUCUCCAGAUCCCUCUGCAUCCAGAAGCCGUGGAAACAUUCCUUGUCUGUGGGCCAUGAACUCAUUCCCCACAGAGAGCUGGUUUCCUCCGCAGCCCUUCUCUCCAAGACCCAAGGAGACUAGGGCCCUGUGCUCUGCUCUGCCCACUGUUUUAUUGUUUGAUACGUUAUGAUUGUGUUCAUCUCCGUUGCUGCAUGGACUUCAAACUGCAUGAAAUGCAAUAAAUCUCCUUUUAGGUA